CUGGCGAAUGACAGUCGCAAUUGUCACUUUAGCUGUCUUUCUGUGUUUAGCAAAAUAAAAAAACUAUUAUAUUCACGUUUCCAAAGCUAGCAAAUUAAACGUGAUAUAUUUGCUGAAAAAAUGGUCAGUUGGAGUUGUUUUGUACGUCCAGCGGCUCAACUAGCCAAAUAUCGUACAAUUCUGCAAACACCGGCGGUGCAGAAUGCUGUCCAAAUGCAGAUGCGACAAAUGAGUGGCGGGCAUCAUCACAUGAUUGUGCAGCCUUCUCGUUUCCAAUGGAAUAAGUUUAAGGAUUUGUUACACUUCUAUGUUAUGUUGGGUGUUAUACCAAUAACCGCCAUUGUUAUGUACUGCAAUAUUUUCAUUGGUCCCGCUCAAUUGCAAGAGAUACCUGAGGGCUAUGAGCCAAAAUAUUGGGAAUACCAUAAGCACCCUAUAUCCAGGUUUAUUGCUCGUUACAUAUUGACCAACCCUCAACAGGAAUAUGAAAAAUCUAUGCAUCAUCUUUAUGAGGAAGAUGAAAAGGCUAAAAUCAGAAAAUUGGAGGAGCAAAUUCGUGCUAAAAUGUCCGAACGUAGUGACUACAAAGCCUACUAUUAUAGGCCAGUCGUUGCUAAAUAUCAUAGGAUUUCAAAGGAAUCUGCAGAUGCUUUGGAAGAAAUUCGUGGCGACAAUUAAAUAUAGCAAUUUCCUUUUGCAUAAUUAUUUGUCAUAUUAUGAUUUCAAUUAGUUUAAAUUAAAGUGCGAUACAAACGUUUCACUGACAUUAAAAAUAUUUUCUUAAA